AGUAAUGACAGAAAUCGAGGUUAUAUGUUGUGAAUAAUUUUUUUUUGAUUUUUCAUCUAAAUUCUCAGUGAAAAUGGUUCGUGUUGUACAAAUUCCCUGUAAAAAAGUAAUCCAUACUAAGUCUGAAAUGAUUAUACUAACGAGGAGCAUAUGCAAAUACAUCAAUAAUGAUUUGCGUUCCAAAACAAUAAGACAAAAGUUUUUGGAAUAUUUCAUAAAUGAAAAUAAUCAUAAAUUUGUUAAGUCAAGUCCUGUUGUACCCUACUGCGACCCUACAGUGGCGUUUGUAAAUGCCGGAAUGAAUCAGUUUAAAUCUAUUUUUCUUGGCACUCAAACACCCAGAUACAAGAGGGUGGCCAACAGCCAGAAGUGCAUUCGUGUAGGUGGUAAACAUAAUGAUUUGAACGUUGUUGGGGUAGAUGGAUAUCAUCACACUUUUUUUGAAAUGCUUGGAAACUGGUCAUUUGGAGAUUAUUUCAAGCCAGAGGCAUGCAAGCUCGCGUGGAAUUUACUUACAAAAGUUUAUAAAUUACCCACAAGUAGAUUGUAUGUAACUUAUUUCAAAGGUGACAAAGAGUUGGAAGUGGAAGAGGAUUUAGAAACUAAGGAAAUCUGGAAAGAAUUAGGCGUGUCAGCUGACAAAAUACUACCCUUUGGUCUGAGGGAUAAUUUUUGGGAAAUGGGUCUUACUGGUCCUUGUGGACCAUGUACAGAAAUCCACUAUGACCAUCUGGGAACAAGUAACAGAUCAGAAUUUGUAAAUAAAGGUCUUCAUGACCUAACUGAAAUUUGGAAUAUUGUUUUCAUAGAAUAUAACAGACUUCCUGAUGGUACAAUUGUAAACCUUCCUCAAAAACAUGUAGAUACAGGAUUGGGAUUUGAAAGACUGACUUCCAUCUUACAAAACAAAAUAAGUAACUAUGAUACGGAUAAUUUCAAGUAUCUUCUAAAGGCUAUAAAUAAGAAUUGUAGCAAUUUACCAAAGUAUGAAGGUAAAUUUGGAGAAAAUGAUUGGAACAGCCUAGAUCAGUCUUAUAGAACAUUGGCUGAUCACAGUAGGAUGAUAACAAUUUGUUUAGCCGAUGGUGUAAUUCCUGAGGAAAACCAGAAACUACGAAGAAUUUUGAGAAAAACUUUUCUUCUGAGUGAAACUGCUUUCAAGAGGGAAAAAGGCCUACUCAAAGAACUUUCCAAUUAUGUUGUGGAAAACUUAGGUCCCUUUUAUCCUGAGUUGGAAAAAAAUAUUUCCCAGAUUCAUCAGAUAAUUGAUUAUGAAGAGGAAGUUUAUAAAUCAGUGCGAGAGUCCAGUUCAAAAGUCUGGCAAAAACUCACGAUAGAAAAUCCAAAGUUACUUGAACUUGAUGUCAUCGAAACUCCAAAUUUCAUAGGAGCCUACAAUGAAAUCGCAACCACUCGUCCAAAAGAAAUAGGCUCAAAAUUAGCUUUCAAACUGUAUGACACCUUUGGAAUAGAUGAAGAUGCCAUAGCAAAGCUGUCAAAAGCUUUGAACUUGAAGUUCAACCCACAAGAGCUCGUCAGAGAGUUAGAAACUGCCAAGAUAAGAUCAAAGGAAAGCAGUGCUUAUACUGAGAACAAGAUAUACUCUUAUCUACUCAGUGAAAACAUACCAAAAACAUAUGACACCUCAAAAUACUCAUAUUCAAAACACAAUGGGAAAUAUUCCUUUGAAGAGAUUGAGACUACUGUUCUCAAAAUAUUCAAAGAUGAAGAGAGCAUUGAUGAAAUAAAAAAUGAUCAUUACUGUUCUUUGGUAUUGGACCAAACUAACUUAUACUCGGAAGCUGGAGGUCAAAUAUCUGAUAGAGGAAUUAUUACAUUGGGCACAGACACGUUCGAUGUAACAUCAGUAGAAAACGUAAACGGAUAUAUUGUGCACAAGGGUUUUUUCAGAUCAAAUGGAAACACCUUGAGAACAAACACAAAAGGAAAAAUUCGAGUGGACGAUAACUUCAGGCUUUGCUGCAUGAGGAAUCACACUUGCACGCACUUGCUAAACGCUGCUUUGAAAAAAAUUAAAGGAGCUACUUGUCAAAAGUCCAGCAAAGUAACUGACAAGUAUUUGACUUUUGAUGUGGCGAUUUUCGGGGACAAAUUGUCACAUAAGGAUGUAGAAAAGGUCGAAGCUGAAGUUUUGGAGGUUUUGAAAAAAAAUCAGCCUGUGAAUGUCAUAGAAGUAGACAGCCAAGGAUUGCUAGCAUUCGAUUGCGUUACACUUAUUCCUGGAGAAGUCUAUCCAGAAAGUGGCAUAAGAAUCAUAGAAGUGAAGAAUGAUUCAUUUUUGUCAAGGGAACCCUGUUGUGGUACUCAUGUCUUGGACACUUCUGACUUAGAGGAUUUUUGUAUAGUAAACAUAAAAUCUUUAGGAAGAAGUAUCGCAUCAAUUUCUGCUGUAACAGGCGACAGAGCAAAAUUGGCUAGAGAAAAUGGAUCUGAGAUAGUAGAAGAAAUAGAUUCCUUAAAGGUUAACAUCAGCGAUAACAUAGACAAGCCAGAGUUAUUGGAAAUGAUUGAAUUUGAAACAGAUUUCAUAGAAAUAGAAAUGAAGAACGCCCUAGAAUCCAAUGUGAAGACCACAAAUUCAAACAAAAGAUACAUUAUUCACUACCUCCGAAGUUCGAUGAUGCUGGAAAACGUGCCACUACAGAAAGCAACGAAACUUUGCCCUGAUCUUCCUAUUCUAGUUUUAGCAUAUGCCGAUAAUAUGGUCAAAGCUAGGUGCUGUGUUCCUAAGAAUCUGAAGACUGAAAAAUUCAACGCAGAGAAGUGGAUGAAGGAAACUGUUGCCGAAGUUUUUAAAAGUAGGGCAGCACCGCCGAAAGGUCAAGACGGUAGUUUAGUUUGCAACAUGAAGGCUAAAAAAGUUCACGUUCAAGAAUGGGAUCCAUUGCUCAAAGACAGUCUAGAAAGAGCUGAGAAGUACAUUAAGGAAAAUUUGUGA